AAUGUAGGAUGCUUAAGACAAAUUAGAAUUACAUUCAAAACUCUUGAAAUAUCCUCCAUUUUACACGUACAUUCAUUAUCUCAAGUAUGUAGCUUAUAAGAUCAUAAAGAAACAAGAAAGAAACAAAUAACUUAAUGGGGUGAGAUUGUCCAUCUCUACUUUCAAUCACAUAAAAUUUUGGAAUCCUCUAUUAGUGAAAUCCUUAAUUUUCCCAUAUUUUAGGAUUCAUCCUCUGGAAUUAUUAAGAGAUUAGAUUCUUCAGAAAUCAAAGAAAUACUUAAUUAAAUGGCACAAUUAGGAUCCAUAGAAUGGAAAAAUGAUUAAAAUUUCUCUGUGAAUUUGGUUAGUCCUUUCGAAUUGGCAGAUGCAAUCUAUGCUUGGGCUAAGGAGAAAAAAAUGAUUGGUUACACAGAGACAUUAAGAGGCAUUACUGAAGGAAGUCAGACUGAUUAAACUAAAAGUAUUAUUCUACAUAAAUAUAUAGAAUUUUAUAAUUUACCUUAAGAAUAAAUUCUCAAAGCAUGCUUAAUUUUAGAAGAAACUGGGAGAUGUUAAGUAUAUGAAUUUGAUGGUUUAUAUAGUAUCAAAUUUAUAUGA